AGGGGUAUUCAAAGUUUAAAUUUUUUCCUUUUCCCUUCAUACUCCUGAGUUCUGGUAGAGUUAUGUUAAGCAGUACUGUCCGGUAUUCUGUCAGAGUGGAGAUUCAAUGGUACCGGUGUCACGAGUCAUCACCCCUUGGCGCCAAGGCUCCGCGAUUUUGGUGGGCCUUAACCUCAGGGUGUCCGAUACUCGAGUAUACUUGCAAAAUUAGCAAGCAACGCAUGGAGACAGUUUAUCGGACGUUUCAAGUACCUCUACCGCACUAUACGGUGUUUACUUGUUUACUCUGUCUGUAGUCCCCGUGUGCUCGUUAGUGGACUAACUCAGUGCCUUCAGGGGAUCGUGUGGGUCUGUUUAUCAUGCUGCACCGGUACAGUACAGUACAAAAGGUCCCGGAAGCUUCAGAGGCGACAAAAAAAAGUCCCCCCCCCUUUCGAUCGGCGCACCAAGAUCUCCCUGAAUGAUUUCCCAUUUCUUGCAGGAAGCGAGGAAGCCGGAAUGGUGUGCAUGAGAUUCGCACCUGAAGAGCUGCAAGGAGUCAUAGGGAUCGACCAUAGCAUUCCAUCUCAUUCUAUGCAUCUUCGAAUGACUUUGUUGACUCUUCAGAUAAGAUAUUCUGAAGGAAUCAUGCAGCCGUAUUCGCUUGCAUGCAUAAUUGUACUCGUAUGACAGCCCAGAUGGCGUUUCCGCGGCCGAAUGUGGGCCAAUUGUUGGUUUGUGCUGCCGUAUUCUGCAUCGGAAACCCUUGAGGCCGGCAGGAAAGGCGGAUGGAGGUAGCACACAUUUUGAGGCGUCGAAAAUUACCCUGCGGAGCUACCCCGCUGGACUCGUCAACUACAAAGUUCAAUGUUUCCACCGGGCAUCUCAGCCUUCCAUUUCCACGGCAUUGCCCACCUAUCGAGAGCCUUUUAAGACCUAGUGUCUACUCGGUGGAGAAGUAAGACUUGGAAUAUCCCGGAUUCUGUACGAAGCAGAGUGUUUGUUGCUCGAGGUAUGUCUUGUCAUCUGGGAACUCCUAGCUCCGGUACACGGAAUCUGGGUAUGGUACUGAGCCUUAUCGCAGUUCUCCGUUCUCAAGAAUCUUCCAUCAAUCCCAAGGGGAACUCGCCACUCCAUCUCUUUAUCGAAGAGCCUUAGCAUAUUGUGUUGUUGUCGACGCACAUUCACUAGAUUUGCCGCUGGUCAAGUAUGGAAAUAUUUAUCCAAAACAUCCCUUAUAGUAGCGGCCGGGAUUCCCAGUUGAAGAGAACGCUAGAACCUCACCUCCACGAUCUCGGUGUUCUAGCCUUUAGAGCCACAGUUUUUAAGGGAAAGCCAGGCAAAGGGGGCUGGAAAAAUGGAAUUCUAACGGUUCCGACCAAAGAGGCGGGGAACGAAUUCCUUAGUCUCUACGGCCCACGAAAUGGUGGGGGGGCACCACGCUUGAUCAAUAUGCAAGGACAUGCCCUUAGGUUCGUGAUUAGCAAUAAGGGUUGCGAUCAACAUGUGGUCAAGAGCUUACAGAAGGAACAAGAAGCUUUGGUAAGGGAGAGCCUGCAGCAGCCACAGAUACAGAGGACGAGACCCCCCGGGAAAAAGUUCGAUAUUGAAAAGGUUGAGUGUGGCGUUUGGUCGACCGACGCAAAGGGGUGUGCCCCGGUAUUCAAAUGUUACUAUUCAAUCGAUGUUGUCGGUACCCUGCGUUUCGGGGGGAGGGCUGUUCAUAUCGUUUUUGAGAGGGAGGAUAGCCCUUCCCGGGAUGACCCAUUGAGCCUUAUAUUUGAAAGGCUUGGUCUGGAGAUGCCGGACGACGGUACUUCGGCCGACAAGUCAAUAGUAGCCCGGUAUAUUGAUAUGAGCUCGAUUGUUGUUUCAAAAGGGAACACCAAAGCUGUUACUUUCACGUUAGAUAAGGCGCCCAGGUUCUACGACGAGACUCCGCAGCAACCCGCUUUUUCAUUGGGAUUUUUCAGGAACGACGUUCGGAAGCGUGUCUCAAGCUUGGGUGCGGACCACGCUCUUUAUGCGCCCUUCGCUUUUGUAUACCGAAUAUACCUCAGGGAAGCCCACGAAAUAGAAUCCGUUAUGCUUCUUGGUGAGCGCCGUGGAAUUCCUCCGGUGGUCGAGAAGCGAACAACCGUGCGCUCUGCAGCGUUUGAAUUCCAAGAAUCGAGCAAGGAGCUAGUUGGUAGGUUACAGAAGCAGUCUGCUGGACCGGGAAUGUUCCCCAUCGCAUUCCAGCUCAAUGUGAUGUGGGCCGGUGGCUCGCUGCCCCCAAGCUCUGUGUUGAGGUUGUUACCCCAGGUCAAUUCGUUCAUUGGGAAGUACGGCUGCGAGCAAACCGCUACCAUCCUGCAAGAAUUUGUGGGGAGCUGCGGGCAGGAGGAUCCAACAACCGAACCUGGCACACUCUCCUGCCAAGCCCUCGUAUCCAAAUUGAAUGAGUGCGCAGCCUUCACCUCCGGUCGCAAAGGGUCAUUGAUAACUCCAAAGCUGGAAAGGGCCCAGGGAAAGCGCGUAGCUCUCGUUCAUCAUGUUUCUAUAACACCUGCUGGUUGCUAUUUUUUCGGUCCCCUCCCCGAGCCUCAGAAUAGGGUGCUGCGAAAGUUUCCAAAUCACCACGAAUAUUUUAUACGAGUGACCUUUUGUGAGGAGGAUGGGGAACAGUUGUUGUUCCAGCAUGGGGUGGACCAGUCACCAAUCUACAACAACCAGUUUCGCUUUUACCUCUCGGAGGGCAUCACUAUUGCCGGCAGGAAGUAUGAAUUUUUGGGGUUUUCCAGCUCGUCUUUGAGGACUCAGAGCUGCUGGUUUAUGGCACCUUUUCAUCUGGACGGUGAAACCCUUAAUCCCCAAAUCGUCACUUCUAGGCUUGGCGAUUUUUCGAGCAUUACGUGCCCGGGUAGGUAUGCAGCGCGGGUUGGGCAAGCUUUCAGUGACACCUAUGGUUCCAUCGACGUCAGAGCGGACCACGAGGUAGAGAUUCCCGACGUGGAGAGAAACGGACGAACAUUCAGUGACGGAGUGGGCACAAUUUCACAACAACUGCUCGAUCGAGUUUGGGGGGAAUCCGAAUCGCUGCGCAAGACUCGGCCGACCGUAUUCCAGAUCCGGUUCGCUGGAGCUAAAGGGGUGGUCUCCCUCGACACACGGCUUGUCGGCGACAAGUUCUGCCUUCGGCCCUCAAUGAUCAAAUUCAGAGGCUCGUCUGACCGCAAAAUUGAGAUUUGCAAUUCCGCUGACUGGCUGCCUAUGUACCUCAAUAGGCCUCUGAUAAAGGUCUUGGAAGAUAUUGGUGUGGCUGAAUCUACUUUCAUGACACUCCAGAAAGACGCUAUUGAGGAGCUACGACAGUCGACAACUUCAGUGGCGUAUGCGGCAAAUUUCCUGAAGCGCCAGCGAAUUGCCUCGACAGCUAUAAGACUCCCAUGGGUCAUCGAGUCGCUGGGAAAUCUGGGCUUCAAUUUCAGAGACGACCACUUCCUAGAGCAGGCAUUUGAACUAUCUCUGAUUACAUCCUUGCGGAGCCUGAAGCAUAGGGCAAGGAUACCGGUCAAAAAGGGCAUGACGCUUGUUGGAGUGAUGGACGAAACUGGCUACCUACAGGAAGGCCAAAUAUAUGUCACGGUCCAGGCUCGGGACAAAAAGGUAUCGGAGAGUAUAGCGGGGCGAGUUUUGAUUACCAGAUCGCCGGUACACCAUCCCGGGGACGUUCAAAUGGCAUUGGCUAUCGGGACCAACCAGCUGCCCUCGGAUUCUCCACUCCGGGCUUUGCGCAAUUGUGUUGCAUUCCCUCAGCGAGGUGAGCGCGACAUGCCGAGCAUGCUGAGCGGUGGGGAUUUGGAUGGAGGCAAGCCGCACAAACCACUGCUGCACAAGAUAGGCUGCUAAUGAGACCAAGACUUGUACAACAUAAUAUACGACGCAAGAUUCAGCUUAAAAAAGACAUACGAUCCAGCAGGGUACCCCAGGGUCCCACCGAAAGAUCUAGGACGUCCGGUGGAGACUAGCGAUAUUGUUGACUUUUUCUUAGAGUUUAUGGAGAACAACCUCCUCGGGAUGAUUAGCACUCGGCAUUUAAUUACUGCAGACAAGAAGGUCGAAGGCGUGCACCAUCCGGAUUGUUUAAAGCUCGCUCAACUAGCUUCCACAGCCGUUGACUUUCCUAAAACUGGGAUAAAGGUGAGCUCUGCCCCUGGGGGUGCAAUUAGAAACGAGGCGGGCUCUUACCUAAACCUACCAUGAUGUUCCCUCUAGGUCUCUAAGUCCGAUUUUCCGAAAGCAACCCUCGCCAGACCGGAUUUUAUGGCGCCAGGCCCUCGCAUAUUAAUAAAAAAGGGGCCAGAGUUCGUCGAGGAAGAUGCAGUGCCAGACGACGAGGAUGACGACGAAGACACCCCAAUCUUAUACUACGAGAGCGAGAAGGUCCUCGGAAAGCUAUAUAGAGAGAUCGACGAAACGGCUUUUCUUCGCGAGGUCCAAGGAACUGUGCACAGGGAACGCCGGGAACGUGAUGUCGGUGAGGGAGCCGUGGUCCGGGGGAUCUGGGAAUGGCUUGUGGAAGCGAUCCCAUCCAACUACAAGUGGGAGGGUUAUAUUGGCGUUGCAACUGAGCUCAAGGAGGCGCAAGUAGUCCCGCCACUUUAUCCAUUGGCGUUGCUAAGACAGUGCAUAGCUACGAGGGGCAUGUGGAGCAGAUGAUGGCAAGCUACUCGGACAUGCCGUGGAAAUACCGCCUCCGAGAAGUCGAGGUAUUUGUCGGGAACAUCGUGGGUAAAGAGCGGCAGACCCGGAGGCAGAGGGACGCCUCGUCACAGAUGAAGGAUGAAUUCGAUAUGCUCGCUAGCUCUAUCGUCGAGUCCAUGCAGAGCGAGUCCAGAGAAAAAACCCUGGGUAUCGGUAUGGCGUCACUGUCCUUGUGUCUUCCAGAGAAGGUUUGGAAGGAUCUGGACUCUCUCAAGAGCUUUACGUGGGUUGCGGUGAGUGUGCUAUUGACAGAGGUCGACAGGAUGCAGAAGGAGGCCAGGAACAAGGGGGGUGGGACGUCGAGAUAA